GACUUUACCCUGGGUUAGAGGGAGCCCUUCCAGAAAUUCUCAGAGGCCUGGGUCAAACCCAGGCCUUUGAGGGGGUUUGGAAAUAGUUUUCAACCAGCAAUUGACGCGCCUCGGUUAGUACCUCACUAGCUGCGUCAUUGCCCCAAGCGCAAAGAUGCUUUGGAUGGUGCUCGCUUCCUUCGUUUUGUAGCCCACUUUCCUUCCUCUGCUUUCUUCUUUCUCCGAUGUGGGACGAGCCUUCAUGGCAUCCCUCUCCGGUUAUGCCCCUUCCUCUCGCUCGUCAGAUCACUUCGCGACGACGAUGCUGUGGUGAGCUAAGAAUCUGACGGAUGGCAGAUGAUAACAGUUGCUUCACGUUCAUCACUGUUCAUUUACAAUUUCGUCAUCGCAAGAAAAUUACGGGCUGCCCUUUUUACGCGAUCCGCAAGAUACUGCUCAAAUUCGGAUCCUGAGGCACUCGUUUCGUGUCUCCUCUUCGAGAUAAGCUCCUGCUCUUCUAUAUCCUAUUGCCAGGCAAUUCACGGGAGAGUAGCCAAGUCUUUGGAUUACGGUGAUGGGUUCAUUGGUGACUGUCUGGUGUCGUCUUACACCAAAUUGGGGUCGGGCGAGGAUGCGCAGAAACUGUUUGAUGAAAUGCCUAAUAAGGACGUGGUCUCCUGGAAUUCUUGGAUUUCGAGUAUUGCGAGGAAAGAGUGCAUUGGUAACUGCUUGUAUGCAUUUUGUAGGAUGAAAUCAGAGAUUAGUGUGAGAAUGAAGCCCAAUGGGGUUACCCUUCUGCCAGUGCUUUCGGCUUGUACCAGUACAGGGGCUUUGGAUGAAGGGAGGUACAUUCAUGGGGUUGCGGUGAAAUGGGGUGUGCUAUCUGACACCAAGGUUGCUAAUUCUCUUAUUAACAUGUAUGGGAAGCUUGGUUUUGUUGAUGCAGCUUGUGUAUUGUUUGAGGCAAUGCCGGUGCAGAACCUAGUGUCAUGGAACUCAGUUGUUGCAAUUCACAGACAAAAUGGUUUUGCACAAAAUGGACUCUUAUUGUUUAAUUUAAUGAGAAGGGCUGAGGUUAAGCCUGACCAAGCCACUUUGGUGAGCUUGCUUCAGGGUUAUGCAGGUUUAGGUGUAGGAAAACUUGGAGAGGCCAUUCAUGGUUAUAUCUAUAGGUGUGGUUUUAAUGAAGACACCAACAUUGGAACUGCACUUCUAAGUUUGUACACGAAGUCAGGGAAGCUAAAUGCAUCAUGCUGUGUUUUUGGAGAGAUAAGAGGGCCAGAUAGAGUAGCUUGGACUGCCAUGCUUGCAGGAUAUGCUGUGCAUGGGUGUGGAAGAGAAGCAAUUAAGCUCUUUGAACACAUGGUUAAUGUGGAAGGUUUGGAUCCCGACCACGUUACCUUCACUCACUUACUAAGUGCUUGUAGCCAUUCCGGGCUCGUCGAGGAGGGGAAGAAGUACUUCAGGAUUAUGACUGAAGUUUAUGGAGUUGAACCUAGGUUGGAUCACUAUUCGUGCAUGGUUGAUCUCUUGGGACGAUCGGGGCUUUUGAGAGAUGCUCGUGAGCUAAUAGAGGCAAUGCCAAUGAAGCCCAAUUCCGUCGUGUGGGGGGCUCUUCUUGGUGCUUGUAGAAUUUAUGGUAACAUUGAACUAGGGACAGAAGUUGCAGAGAGACUGUUCGCUCUAGACCCGUCAGACCAUAGAAACUAUGUUAUGUUAUCGAAUAUUUAUUCUGCAGCUGGUUUAUGGAAGGAUGCUUCAAGGGUGAGAACCUUAAUGAAGGAGAAAGGCCUCUUUAGAAAUCCCGGAUGCAGUUCUGUCGAACACGGAAAUAAGUUGCAUUCCUUUGUAGCGGGAGAUCAGUCACACCCUGAGCGUGAAAAGAUAUACUUAAAAUUGGAAGAACUGAUGAGCAAGAUCCGGAAGGCUGGUUUUGUGCCUAAGACAGAAUUUGUUCUGCACGAUGUCGACGAGGAAGUGAAGGAGGAAAUGGUUAAUAGGCACAGUGAGAAGUUGGCCAUUGCAUUUGGCCUUUUGGUGACUCAUCCUGGUACGCCAUUGAUUAUAACCAAGAACCUUAGAAUCUGUGGAGACUGUCAUGGCGCUGCAAAGCACGUAUCGUUGAUUGAGAAGCGCACGAUCAUAAUUCGGGACUCGAAGCGGUUUCACCAUUUCGCCGACGGAUUAUGCUCCUGUGGAGAUUAUUGGUGAGCUCUUUGUCCUUUCAUGGGAAUGUUUCAUGAUAUGUUUGUAUUAGUUAUUGCAUCAAUUACAUGAUUUCCCAUAAAUAGCUACAUUUUGCUUUCCUGCUGCAUAUAAUUACUUGCCCUCCAUGUCCGCUUGAGCUCUCAGCACCGACACUACAUUUGAUUUGUAAAAUGGAAUGGGAUGCAAAAAGGAAUGAAGUAAAAAAUUGAUCGGAGAGCAGCUAGAAAUUUGAUU